AUGUCGAGAGUGCCCGCGGGACUAUGGAGGAAAUACAUCGCAGUGCAAAUAUACGGCGCUAACACAGAUGUUGGGAAGACUGUGUUCUCAACGCUCCUCGGUUUGCGCCUCAGAGAUGGACUAAAGAAGAUCAAAUACCGAGUUCAGUAUAUAAAGCCUGUUUCGACCGGGCCUGACAGCGAUCGAGAUGACAACUAUGUACGGAGGUACACAGGUCAGAGUGUCUCAACCCUGUACCAGUUCAAGGACCCUGUUAGUCCUCACUUGGCAGCUCGAGAUUCAAAAGAUAUUCCCGGUGACAAUGAUCUCAAUCAUAAACUCCAUCGCCAACUUCGGGACAGCGCCUUUGCAAUCGAAAACAAAACAGAAGCCUGGGGCUUCGGUAUUGUGGAAACAGCUGGGGGCGUCUUGAGCCCAGGACCAUCAGGAACGCCACAAGCGGAUAUCUACAGAUCUCUGCGACUCCCAGCAGUCCUUGUCGGCGAUCACAAGCUUGGAGGUAUCUCAUCAACCAUCUCAGCUGCGGAAUCACUUAUAUUAAGAGGCUACGACCUCAAUGCCGUGGUUUGUUUUGAUGACAAGAGUAAGUAUCAAAACGGCGAUUAUCUGAUGGAAUAUUUCGGCAAAAUGGGCAUUCCCGUGUUUAGCAUCCCUUGGAUUCCUAAUAACCUCGACGGCAUACCGAAGACUGAGGAACACGUGUUGAUGAAAAGUUACUACAUGUCGGUAUCCGCAGAUCCAGAGGUUUCCAAGGUUGCAGAACGUAUCAUUGACCGACAUAAUGAGCGGAUACGAAAUAUAGACAGUAUGGCAUCGCGAACACACAAGACAAUAUGGCAUCCUUUCACACAACACAAACACGUCAAGAAAGCAGAUGAUGUCCUUGUCUUCGAUUCUGCACAUGGCGAUUACUUCCAAGUCAAGAGUGUUCUCAAAGGAGACCAAAGCGGCGGCGAUGCUUUACCAAUGUUGUAUCCAGCAUUCGAUGGUUCUGCGAGUUGGUGGACACAAGGUCUGGGGCAUGGCAAUCCUCGCUUGGCACUUGAGGCAGCGUACGCAGCGGGUCGCUACGGGCACAUCAUGUUUGCAGGAGCAACACACGAGCCGGCACUGACGCUAGCCGAACACCUACUUGAAGGACUGCAGAACCCUCGGCUGAGUAAAGUCUUUUACACUGACGACGGAAGUACGGCAACCGAAGUUGGAAUAAAGAUGGGUGUCCGUGCAGCGUGCAAACACUACGGCUGGGAUGGCUCCAAGGAGACUAUUGGCGUGUUGGGACUGAAGGGUAGCUACCACGGCGAUACCAUUGGUGCGAUGGAUGCGUCGGAGCCAUGCGUCUUCAACGAGAAAGUCGAUUGGUAUCGAGGACGCGGCUACUGGUUUGAUUACCCAACCUUCAAGCUGAAGAAUGGCCGUUGGGUUGUCGAGGUACCCACGGGCAUGGAAGAAGAAUUUGGACCUGCACAACAAUUCGCCAAUCAGGAUGAUAUAUUCGACCUCCAGGCCAGAGGGCACUCGCCGCGAUACGAAACAUACAUCGAGAAGACAUUAGACAAACUUGUUAAAGAAGAGGGCAGGAAGUUCGGUGCGCUUGUCAUGGAGCCUGUGAUCCUGGGCGCCGGUGGAAUGAUCUUUGUGGACCCCCUGUUCCAGCAAAGCCUUGCGCGCGUCGUGCGUCGUUACAACUUUUCCACAUCUUCCGAUGCUGCGUCUCCAGCGAUCGAGGGCGAACACGCCUGGACCGGGUUACCUAUCAUGUUUGACGAAGUCUUUACCGGCCUGUACCGUCUGGGACGCUUCUCAUCUGCCUCGUACCUCGAUGUUCACCCUGACAUUUCAGUCCACGCCAAACUGCUUACAGGCGGUCUGCUUCCGCUGUCCAUCACAGCGGCCAGCGACUCAAUCUUCCAGGCCUUCUAUGGCGACGAAAAGUCUGAAGCUUUGCUCCACGGUCACAGUUACACCGCGCACCCCAUCGGCUGCCAUGUUGCCAAUGUGAGUCUGCAGAAGAUGGGCGAAUUACAGAAGAGCAAGGGGUGGCGCGACUUCAAAAACGACUGGAAAGACACGCAAGCCCAGAUCGUACAAACAACGCAGGAGCGCAAGGAACGGAGCAUUCACCCACAGCGGCCCGUGCAAGACUCCCAUAUCUGGAGCUUCUGGUCAAAAGACUUCGUCACCGACCUCUCACAGCACAAGCACGUCGAGCAUGUCAACGCACUCGGCUCUGUGCUAGCUGUGUCGCUGAAGGACAACUCCGGAGCCGGCUAUACGUCCUCGGCAGCUGUAGGGCUCCGCGACUCGCUCCUCUCCGAAGACAACAAACUCAGCAUCCACUCUCGCAUCCUUGGCAACGUCAUUUAUCUAAUGACAAGCAUGACGACGGUACAAUGCCAGGUAAAAAGAGUCGAAGAAAGGUUCAAGGAGAAGCUGGACGCGAUGACUCGAUAG